GAACGACAGACGGGAGAACCUGCGCGGGGGAAGAAACUGCUUAGCCUCCCACCCGUGUGAUGGAGUCUUCCCACUUAGAUGUGCCGCCUGCAGGAAGAGAGAAACCAUACGCGUGUGAUACAUGUGGACACAGAUUCGCAAUAGAGAAGCAUCUGCAGACCCACAUGCUCAUUCACACAGGAGAGAAACCCUAUGCGUGUGAUAUUUGUUUCUAUUCAUGUUCUAAAUUAAGUUGUAUGAAAGUGCACUUUCAAACUCACACAGGCGAAAAGCCUUAUGCAUGUGACACAUGUGACUACAGGUGCACUCAACUAUCCCGUCUUAAGUCACACAAGCGAAUUCACACAGGAGAGAAACCCUAUGCGUGUGAUACAUGUGACUACAGGUGCCGUCACCUAUCCAGUCUUAAGACACACAUACGAACUCACACAGGAGAGAAACCCUACGUGUGUGACAUUUGUUCAUAUUUAUGUUCUCACUUGAGUCGUCUGAAGGUGCACUUUCGAACUCACUCAGGUGAAAAGCCCUAUGCAUGUGACAAAGGCGAGUACAAAUGUACGUCAUCAAAGCAACUCAAGAGACACAAGCGCAUUCACACAGGCGAAAAGCCUUAUGCAUGUGACACAUGUGACUACAGGUGCGCUCAACUAUCCAAUCUUAAGACACACAUGCGAACUCACACGGGAGAUAAACUCUAUGCAUGUGAUGCGUGUGACUACAGAUGCUCUAAAGUGGCUAAACUCAAGCGACACAAACGCAUCCAUACAGGAGAGCAACCCUACGUGUGUGACAUUUGUUCAUAUUCAUGUUCUCACUUGAGUCGUCUGAAUGUGCACUUACGAACUCACUCAGGUGAAAAGCCCUAUGCAUGUGACAAAUGCGAGUACAAAUGUACGUCAUACAAAGCUCUUAAGCAACACAAGGGCAUUCAUACAUGAGAGAAACGCUAUGCAUGUGAUACGUGUGACUACAGCUGCAGUCAACCCGCAAAUCUCAAGACACACAAGCUAACUCACAUGGGAGGAAAGCCCUAGACACGUGAUAACACACUGCCAAUGACAUAGCUACUGCUUGCACGUGAUAUGUGUGGAUAUAUUUGCUCUCCAGGAUCGCUGCUAUUCUCAUAUGUUGUUUUAACCUCCCCCAUCUUUCAUUAGGGCUUAAGUGCUUAGUGCGCUAUAGAUGUAAAGAUAUAGCUGCCAGUUUUGUUUUUAACUUGCUGUGCUUUAGGGAAGGCCAGCGCCCUUAUAUAUUGCAUAGUUGACAACGGAAUGCUGACUAGAGUGUGGCUUGUAAGUUCGUACUGUGUAAGCUUAGUCUAAAAAGGGAAGUGUCAAAAAUCUGUGUGAGUGGGUGUGUGUGUGGUAUAAAUACAUAUAAUUGGUAAUAAUUAUUAA